GGCGCCCGAGUUUUGGACACUGCGUCCAGCACGAAGUGCAGAAUGGAGCGCAAGGUUCUCCUGGUCAUCGUUCUUUGGCUGUGCGUGGAGAGCCGGGCAGCUUCCGUGGGCUUGCCUGGUGUUUCUCUUGAUCCACCCCAGCUCAGCAUACAAAAGGACAUACUUACCAUUCUGGCAAAUACAACUCUUCGGAUCUCUUGCAGAGGACAGAGGGACUUGGACUGGCUUUGGCCCAACAAUCAGAGUGGUUCCGAGGAAAGGGUGGAGAUGACCGAGUGCAGUGAGGGCUCCUUCUGUAAGAUGCUGACAAUUCCUCGAGUGAUCGGAAAUGACACUGGAACCUACAAGUGCUUCUAUCGGGACACCAACAUGACCACGGCCAUUUAUGUCUAUGUCCAAGAUUACAGAUCUCCAUUUAUUGCUUCUGUUAGUGAUGAGCAUGAAGUUGUGUUCAUCACAGACAACAAAAACAAAAGUCUGGUGAUUCCGUGUCGCGGGACUGUUUCAAACCUCAACGUGUCACUGUGUGCCAGGUAUCCAGAGAAGAGAUUUGUUCCUGAUGGCAACAGGAUUUUCUGGAACAGCAAGGAAGGCUUCACUAUUCCCAGCUACAUGAUCAGCUAUGCUGGAAUGGUCUUCUGUGAAGCAAAAAUUAAUGAUGAAACCUAUCAGUCUAUUACGUAUAUAGUUGUGGUUCUUGGUUACAAGAUUUAUGAUGUGGCUGUGAGUCCUGCUCAUGCAGUUGAGUUGUCUGUUGGAGAGAAACUUGUCCUAAAUUGUACAGCAAAGACGGAACUAAAUGUGGGGAUUUCUUUCCAGUGGGAUUAUCCUUGUUUGAAGCAUCAGCAUAAGAAACAUAUAAACCGGGACCUAAAGUUCCAGUCUAACGGUGAAACAAAGACAUUCUUUAGCACCUUGACUAUAGAUAGUGUGUCUCGGAAUGACCAAGGGCUCUAUAGCUGUGCUGCAUCCAGUGGGCGGAUGACCAAGAAGAACAGCACCUUUGUCAGGGUCCAUGAAAAACCUUUUGUUGCUUUUCAUAGUGGCAUGGACUCCUUGGUGGAAGCCACAGUGGGAGACCGUGUGAGGAUCCCUGUAAAAAGUCUUGGUUACCCACCUCCUGAGAUCAAAUGGUAUAAAAAUGGGAAGCUCCUUGAGUCCAAUCACACAAUCAAGGUGGGACAUGUGCUGACAAUUAUGGAAGUGAGCGAAAAGGAUACAGGCAACUACACGGUCAUUCUCACCAAUCCCGUCUCAAAGGAGAAACAGAGCCACGUGGUAUCUCUGGUUGUGAAUGUCCCACCUGAGAUUGGGGAGAAAUCUCUGAUAGCGCCCAUGGAUUCCUACCAGUAUGGCACCAUGCAGACUCUGACAUGCACGGUCUACGCCGUCCCUCCGCCACGCCACAUCCAGUGGUACUGGCAGUUGGAGGAAGAAUGCAACUACAGCCCCAUUCAAGCUGCCUUAACGACAAAACCAUAUACUUGCAAAGAAUGGAAGAACGUGGAGGACUCCCAGGGGGGAAAUAAAAUUGAAGUUACUAAAAACCAAUUUGCUGUAAUUGAAGGAAAAAACAAAACUGUAAGCACCCUUGUUAUCCAAGCGGCAAAUGUGUCAGCUUUGUAUAAAUGUAAAGCCAUUAACAGAGCCGGGCUCGGAGAGAGGGUUAUCUCUUUCCAUGUGACUCGGGGUCCUGAAAUUACCUUGCAACCUGAUGCCCAGCCGACCGAACAGGAGGCUGUGUCCCUGUGGUGCGCCGUAGACAGAGCGACGUUUGAGAACCUCACAUGGUACAGGCUUGGUGCGCAGGCCCUGCUACCCCAAGAAGGGCAGUUAUCCACAUCUGCUUGCAAGAACCUGGACUCUCUUCAGAGACUGAAUGCUACCAUGUCCUCUAAUGGCACGAGGGACAUUUUGGUCUUGGAAUUCCAGAACGCAUCCUUGCAGGACCGAGGAGGCUACGUCUGCUUUGCUCAUGACAGAAAGACCAAGAAAAGGCAUUGUGUGAUCAAGCAGCUUGUGGUCCUAGAACGUGUAGCCCCUACGAUUGUUGGCAACUUGGAGAAUCAAACGACGAGUAUUGGAGAAACCAUUGAAGUGUCCUGCAUACCCUCUGGGAACCCUCCUCCACAGAUUACCUGGUUUAAAGAUAAUGAAACACUUGUAGAAGACUCAGGCAUCGUGUUGAAAGAUGGAAACCAGAACCUAACCAUCCGGAGGGUGAGGAAGGAGGACGAAGGCCUCUACACCUGCCAGGCCUGCAAUGUUCUUGGAUGUGUCAAAAUGGAGACCUUUUUCUUAAUAGAAGGUGCCCAGGAAAAGACAAACCUGGAGGUCAUCAUUCUAGUUGGCACGGCGGUGAUUGCCAUGUUCUUCUGGCUUCUUCUCGUCAUCAUUCUGAGGACCGUUAAACGGGCCAAUGGAGGGGAACUGAAGACGGGCUACUUGUCCAUUGUCAUGGAUCCCGAUGAACUGCCCUUGGAUGAGCAUUGUGAACGCUUGCCUUACGAUGCCAGCAAAUGGGAAUUCCCCAGAGACCGGCUGAAACUGGGUAAACCUCUUGGCCGUGGUGCCUUUGGCCAAGUGAUUGAAGCCGAUGCCUUUGGAAUCGACAAGACAACAACUUGCAAGACAGUGGCUGUCAAAAUGUUGAAAGAAGGAGCAACUCAUAGUGAACACCGAGCCCUAAUGUCUGAACUCAAGAUCCUCAUUCAUAUUGGCCAUCAUCUCAAUGUGGUCAACCUUCUAGGCGCCUGCACUAAGCCAGGAGGACCGCUCAUGGUGAUUGUGGAAUUUUGCAAGUUUGGAAACCUAUCGACGUACUUACGGGGAAAGAGAAACGAAUUCAUCCCCUACAAGACCAAGGGGGCACGGUUCCGUCAAGGAAAAGACUAUGUUGGGGAGAUCCCUGUGGACUUGAAACGCCGCUUGGAUAGCAUCACGAGUAGCCAGAGCUCAGCCAGUUCUGGAUUUGUUGAGGAGAAGUCCCUCAGUGAUGUGGAGGAGGAAGAAGUUUCUGAAGAUGUGUACAAGAACUUCCUGACCUUGGAGCAUCUCAUCUGUUACAGCUUCCAGGUGGCGAAGGGCAUGGAAUUUUUGGCAUCCCGCAAGUGUAUCCACAGGGACCUGGCAGCGCGGAACAUCCUCUUGUCUGAGAAGAACGUGGUUAAAAUCUGUGACUUCGGCUUGGCGCGGGAUAUUUAUAAAGACCCGGACUAUGUCAGAAAAGGAGAUGCUCGCCUCCCUCUGAAAUGGAUGGCCCCAGAAACAAUUUUUGAUCGAGUGUACACAAUCCAGAGUGAUGUGUGGUCUUUCGGUGUUUUGCUUUGGGAGAUAUUUUCCUUGGGAGCAUCUCCAUAUCCUGGGGUAAAGAUCGAUGAGGAAUUUUGCAGGCGACUGAAAGAAGGAACUAGAAUGAGAGCCCCUGAUUAUACUACCCCAGAAAUGUACCAGACCAUGCUUGACUGCUGGCAUGGGGAGCCCAAUCAGAGACCUACAUUUUCCGAGCUGGUGGAACAUUUGGGAAAUCUCUUGCAAGCUAAUGCCCAGCAGGAUGGCAAAGACUACAUUGUUCUCCCGAUCUCUGAGACGCUGAGCAUGGAAGAGGACUCUGGACUCUCUCUGCCUACCUCACCUGUUUCCUGUAUGGAAGAAGAGGAAGCAUGCGACCCCAAAUUCCAUUAUGACAACACAGCAGGCAUCAGUCAGUAUCUACAGAACAGUAAGCGCAAGAGCCGGCCUGUGAGUGUAAAAACAUUUGAAGAUAUCCCCUUGGAAGAACCAGAAGUCAAAGUAAUCCCAGAUGACAAUCAGACCGACAGUGGUAUGGUUCUUGCGUCCGAAGAGCUGAAAGCAUUGGAAGACAGAACCAAAUUAGCUCCGUCGUUUAGUGGGCUAAUGCCCAGCAAAAGCAAGGAGUCUGUGGCAUCUGAAGGCUCAAACCAGACGAGUGGCUACCAGUCUGGGUAUCAUUCCGAUGACACAGAUACCGCUGUGUACUCCAGUGAGGAGGCAGAACUUUUAAAGCUGAUGGAGAUUGAACCACAAGCCCAGAUUCUCCAGUCUGAUCCUGGGACCACUUCGAGCUCUCCUUGUCUUUAA